UUCCGAUCUGGGCGAGCUCGAUGAGGCCCAUCUAGAGGACUGCUGGAGUACAGCGAAAGCAGCCAUCAACGACGCAGCCGAGAGCACCAUCGGGUACGUGGAACGGAAUCGACGGAACGAAUGGUUCGACGAAGAGUGCAGAACGGUUUUGGAGGAGAAGAAUGCAGCGAGGGCGGUAAUGCUGCAGCAAGGGACUCGACAGAACGUGGAACGUUAUAAACAGGAGCGGAAACAGCAGACCCACCUCUUUCGGGAGAAAAAGCGCCUCCUGGAAGAAGCGGAGUGUGAAGAAAUGGAACUGCUGUGCCGUUCCAAAGAAACACGGAAGUUCUAUCAGAAGCUCAACGCAUUCCGCAACGGCUUCGUGCCGCGAGCCGAAAUGUGCAGGGAUAAAGACGGAGGCCUCUUGACGGACGGACGUGAGGUGAUCGAAAGGUGGAAGCAGCACUUCGAUCAGCACCUGAACGGCGUGGAGAACAUAGGCACGGGAGCCCACGGCAACGGAGGAAACGACAACGCCAGUGCAGCGGAGGACGGAAAUGAACCAACUCCCACGCUGAGGGAAGUUAAGGAUGCCAUUCACCAGCUCAAAACCAACAAAGCAGCUGGUAAGGAUGGUAUCGCAGCUGAACUCAUCAAGAUGGGCCCAGAAAAGUUGGCCACCUGUUUGCAUCGGCUGAUAGUCAGGAUCUGGGAAACCGAACAGCUAUCGGAGGAGUGGAAGGAAGGGGUAAUCUGCCCCAUUCACAAGAAAGGCGACCAUUUGGAAUGUGAGAACUUCAGGGCGAUCACAAUUUUGAAUGCUGCCUACAAAGUGCUAUCCCAGAUCAUCUUCCGUCGUCUGUCACCUAAAACAAAUGAGUUCGUGGGAAGUUAUCAAGCCGGCUUCAUCGACGGCCGGUCGACAACGGACCAGAUCUUUACCGUACGGCAAAUCCUCCAGAAAUGCCGUAAAUACCAGGUCCUAACGCAUCACCUGUUCAUCGACUUCAAAGCGGCAUACGACAGAAUCGACCGCGCAGAGCUAUGGAGGAUCAUGGACGAAAACGGCUUUCCUGGGUGUAGUGUAGCGGAAUAUCAUUACAUAUAGGAGGCUGUGCUUAGAGCACUGACAGGAGAAUAUGAGAAUAAAGUCAUUAUUGUUUUAGUAACCCGAACAGUAAACUGUGUUUCCUACACUGGGAAGCUGACUAGACUGAUUAAAGCAACGAUGGACGGUGUGCAAAACCGCGUAAGGGUUUCGGGUGAACUGUCUAGUUCAUUCGAAUCUCGCCGGGGACUGCGACAAGGUGACGGUCUCUCAUGCCUACUCUUCAACAGCCGGGGAACGAUUUUCACAAAAUCCGGACAAUUUGUGUGCUUUGGGGACGAUAUGGACAUUAUUGCAAGAACAUUUGGAACGGUGGCAGAGUUGUACAACCGCCUGAAACGCGAAGCAGCAAAGGUCGGACUGGUGGUGAAUGCCUCAAAAACAAAGUACAUGCUGGUAGGCGGAACCGAAAACGACCGGAUCCAUCUGGGUAGUAAUGUUACGAUAGACGGGGAUACUUUCGAGGUGGUGGAGGAAUUCGUCUACCUCGGAUCCUUACUGACGGCUGACAACAACGUAAGCCGUGAAAUUCGGAGGCACAUCAUCAGCGGAAGUCGGGCCUACUUCGGGCUCCAGAAGAAACUGCGGUCGAAAAAGAUUCACCCACGCACCAAAUGCACCAUGUACAAAACGCUAAUAAGACCGGUAAUCCUCAACGGGCACGUGACAUGGACCAUGCUCGAGGAGGACCUGCAAGCACUCGGAGUUUUCGAGCGACGCGUGCUAAGGGCGAUCUUCGGCGGUGUGCAGGAAAACGGUGUGUGGCGGAGAAGAAUGAACCACGAGCUCGCUGCACUUUACGGCGAACCCAGCAUCCAGAAGGUGGUCAAAGCCGGAAGGAUACGGUGGGCAGGGCAUGUUGCAAGAAUGCCGGACAACAACCCUGCAAAGCUGGUGUUUGCAACUGAUCCGGUUGGCACAAGAAGGCGUGGAGCGCAGAGAGCACGAUGGGCGGACCAGGUGGAGCGUGACUUGGCGAGCAUCGGGCGCGACCGAGGAUGGAGAGCGGCAGCCACGAACCGUGUAUUAUGGAGAAAUAUUGUAGAUUCAGUUUUAUCUUGAAUUUGAUGUAAUACUAAAUAAAUGAAUGAAGCGGCAAAAUAACAAAUUGCAUAACAAAAAAAUGUUCCUGGAAGACCGAUUCAAUAACAUGUUUGUUAGUUUCGUGUUAGCGUGGGUCCCGAGAUGAACUAGCCUAGGGUUAAAAAUCUCGUUAAUACAGAUAAAAAAAAAGUCUGUAACAUUUAACAUAAAAAGUGAGGUUAGAUCGAGUGCUUGAAGUACCCUAUAUUGUCACUCAAUACGAGGGACAGGAAAUCUGGCCAUAAUUGUCCAAGUACUAAAACUCCCAAGCUGGGAAGUUGGCUCUGUAUCAGCUGAAAUGUAAUGCCAGAAAGAAGAGAAAGAGAUACUGAUGAGAGAAUACGCACACGCUCCUCAUCACGCAAUGAUCUAGUCUAAACAACGGAAUUAGAUCUUGUACCGACUUUUCGAACCCUAUAAGCAGAAUACCCUCUACGAAUGAGUGUAAUCAGCUUCGUACCUUUUAAUUCCGCCCUAUGUUGCUUAUCCUUUGACAGAUACGCGUAUUUCGACUACCACUUGUAAUCUUCCUA